AUGCGCCGCGCCGCGAGCGCGGCCGCGCGCGCCGCGUACCUCGCGCCGUGGACGACCGCGCGAGCGACGACGACGCGUCGCGCGCUCGAUCUGAGAGGCGCCGGCUGGACCACGACGAGCGCGGUCGGCGGGGAUCCGCGCGCGACGUCCUCCUCCUCCUCCGCCGCCGCCGCCGCCGCCGUCGACGACGACCUUGACGACGUCAUGCGCUUCGGCAGCGGGCUCUCGAACAACGCGACGCUGUCCACCGCGAUCGUCGAGGCGGUCGCGGAGGCGAAGCGCGCGCUCGGCGCGAGGACGGUACCGACGUUCGUGCAGCUGCUCGUCAGCGCGGAUUACGACGACGUCGCGCUCGCGCCGAGAUACGUCCUGGAGUGCUUCUCGGAGACGUCGAGAGGGUCGAAGAGAGGAGGCGGAGGAGGAGGAGGAGGAGGAGGAAAACGCGAUGAUGAAACGGCCGCGAAGCCGGCGUUAUUCGGCGGCGUCGUGCGCGGAUGCUUCGGCGGCGGCGGGCAGGUGAUGGACGGCCCGUGCGUCUCGAUCGUCGCCGCGCGUCUCCCCGGGACGGAGGCGAUGCCGUUCAAGACCAGGGACGCGUCGCUGCCGCCGCAGAUCACGCCGAAGCAGUGGGCGGCGAUGAUGCGGGACGGAGGCGGAGGCGGCGACGGCGACGGCGACGGCGACGACGCGGCGGAGGACGUCGGGGACGCCGUCGCCGCGCUCGCGAUGUUCGACCCCGAAUUCGUGGAGAUCGACGACCUGACGCAGCGACUUCACAGCGCGAUCCCGAAGAGCGUCGUCGUCGGCGGCGCGGUCACGCCGGGGGGGGCGUUGUUCCUGGGCGAGGACGUGCUGUACAGCUGCGACGAAGAAGAAAUUGAAGAAGAAGAAGAAGAAGAAGAGGCUGACGAGGCUGACGAGGCGGAAGCGCGGAGGACGAGAAAGAAGACGACGAAGCCCCUCCCCGCCGCGUCCGACGACGACGACGACACCGCGGUCCUCGUCGGCGUCCUUCUCCGCGGCCCGUUCGGGCUCGACGCGCGCAGCAUGCACGCGUGCCGUCCCGUCGGACCGGAGAUGACGCUCACGAGGAGCAUCGACGGGCACGUCCUCGAGCUCGACGGGUCCCCCGCCGGGGAAGUGCUCCCCGCGAUUUUAGGUAAGUUCUCCUCGCGCUGGUUUCCAUACGACCGCGUUCGCGUUGUGAACUUCAUUCCUGAAGGACUUUCUCUCCCGGCGUUUCGUUUGUUUCUCUCCGCCCGCCUGUCCCUCGCUGCUUUCGAUACCUACCGACGCGCCGCGACGCCUCGCGACUCCGCUUCUGACGCCUUCGAACGCCACCCCAACGUCGCUUUGUAUGGACAAUUACCCUCAGACGGCGGCGUCCCGGGCGGCUUGCCCGUCAUGCUCGGCGUCGGCGAGCCGCCCGAGACGACGACGCGCGGCGGCGCCGGGGCUUGGACGCGCGCGGGGGCGUCACGGCGCGACGACGCGCGCCGCGACGAGUUCAAGAGCCCGUGGGGCAACGUCGUGGUGGUCGACGUGUCUCCGCGCGGGCGGCUCGCGGCGAGGGGGAAAGGCGGCGACGGCGACGGCUCGGCGAAAUUGCGCGGGAGAGUCGUGGACGACGACGACGACGACGCCGACGUGGAGGCGGAAGAGGAGAAAGAGGAACAGGAGGAAGGUGGCGCGACGGACGCCGCCAAAGCCGCCGAGAGAGAGGCGCGGAAAAAGGCGGCGAAAGAGGAGAAGGACGCGAAAGACGCGGCGGCGGCGACGGCGGAGGCGGAGCGCGCGUAUCAAUCCGGCGGCGACGGGUACGUGUUCAGGUCCAUACAGAGCGCGAACAACGAGACCGGGAGCGUGUACAUCGGCCGGCAUCGCCUGGAAGAGGGAGCGCCCGUGCGUCUCCACGUCAGGGACACCGCGUGGGGGAAACAGCGCGCGUGCGCGCUCAUGAAGUCGUUCGGCGAGGGCGUCGCGGAGCAAAACGUCGGCACGCGUUUCGGCGCGCCCGUCGGCGCCAGGGUCAAAUACGCGGGCGCGGUGAUGUACACGUGCGUCAACGGCGAUCGGCUCCACGCCGCGGAUUUCCGAGAACGCGCGAAGGGCGUUCCCGUCGGCGGCGGGUACACCGCGGGCGAGCUGGGCCCGGCGCGCGCGGGGAGGCAGUCGUAUCUGCACUCGCACACGUCCGUCGUGGGAUUGUUUUGGGACAGGAGGCGCGGCAAGGGGACGACGUGA